GAAAUCUGCGCCGAAUCCACCGGCUUAUAGAAAUGUCAAGGUCAGUUCUGGCAUUUGGCAGGUGAGUGGAAACCGCUAGCUCAGCAAGACGGCCUGCUCUAGGUGUUGUUUACCAAUCGUAGUUUAUGUGCAAAGUUUCUGGCCAUUUAAUACAUUUACACUGCAGUCUUAUUCAGCUAUGAAGCUGGUAUCUUAUACACAGCUGUCUUAUUCAGCUAUGAAGCUGGUAUCUUAUACACAGCUGUCUUAUUCAGCUAUGAAGCUGGUAUCUUUUACACAGCUGUCUUAUUCAGCUAUGAAGCUGGUAUCUUACACAUAGCUGUCUUAUUCAGCUAUGAAGCUGGUAUCUUAUACACAGCUGUCUUAUUCAGCUAUGAAGCUGGUAUCUUAUACACAGCUGUCUUAUUCAGCUAUGAAGCUGGUAUCUUAUACACAGCUGUCUUAUUCAGCUAUGAAUGUGGUAUCUUACACACAGCUGUCUUAUUCAGCUAUGAAGCUGGUAUCUUAUACACAGCUGUCUUAUUCAGCUAUGAAGCUGGUAUCUUACACACAGCUGUCUUAUUCAGAUAUGAAGCUGGUAUCUUACACACAGCUGUCUUAUUCAGCUAUGAAGUUGGUAUCUUAUACACAGCUGUCUUAUUCAGCUAUGAAGCUGGUAUCUUAUACACAGCUGUCUUAUUCAGCUAUGAAGCUGGCAUCUUAUACACAGCUGUCUUAUUCAGCUAUGAAGCUGGUAUCUUAUACACAGCUGUCUUAUUCAGCUAUGAAGCUGGUAUCAUAUACACUGCUGUCUUAUUCAGCUAUGAAGCUGGUAUCUUAUACACAGCUGUCUUAUUCAGCUAUGAAGCUGGUAUCUUAUACACAGCUCUCUUAUUCAGCUAUGAAACUGGCAUCUUAUACCCAGCUGUCUUAUUCAGCUAUGAAGGUGGUAUCAUAUACACUGCUGUCUUAUUCAGCUAUGAAGCUGGUAUCUUAUACACAGCUGUCUUAUUCAGCUAUGAAGCUGGUAUCUUCCACACCUAGGCUUAUUCAGCACUUUGGCUGGUUUCAGCUCUUCGUUGAGAAAUGACUGUGUCCAGCUAUAUUUGGAAGCUGAAUCCAAGAUUCAAGUGUUUUAAACAUAACAACGACUAUUGGGUUAGUUUUUGCUGGUGAGAUGGUCUCAGCGUAAACAAAACUGUGCUCACCGAGUUACAGAACGGCAAGGUGUCGGGAGAGUUGACAUAGUUGUUUUGUAGAGAGAGUUGGCAUUAUUGUUUUGUUAGGAGAGUUGGCAUUGUUGUUUUGUUGAGAGAGUUGACAUUGUUGUUUUGUUGAGAGAGUUGACAUUGUUGUUUUGUUGAGAGAGUUGACAUUGUUGUUUUGUUGAGAGAGUUGACAUUGUUGUUUUGUUGAGAGAGUUGACAUUGUUGUUUUGUUAGGAGAGUUGACAUUGUUGUUUUGUUGAGAGAGUUGACAUUGUUGUUUUGUUGAGAGAGUUGACAUUGUUGUUUUGUUGAGAGAGUUGACAUUGUUGUUUUGUUGAGAGAGUUGACAUUGUUGUUUUGUUAGGAGAGUUGACAUUGUUGUUUUGUUGAGAGAGUUGACAUUGUUGUUUUGUUGAGAGAGUUGACAUUGUUGUUUUGUUGAGAGAGUUGACAUUGUUGUUUUGUUGAGAGUUGACAUUGUUGUUUUGUUGAGAGUUGACAUUGUUGUUUUGUUGAGAGAGUUGGGUGUUUUUUUUUUUGUUGUUUUUUUCUGGCGGGGAAGGGGGGGUGGGAGAGACUCAAGUGGUUAAAGAAAGGGCGUAGAGGGGUGAUCAUAGACAGGAUGUUGAUAACAUGACAUGUGUUUGUAGUACGUCUAUAAUCAAUGUGCACAUCUAAUCCAUCAAUGUGUACAUCUAAUCCAUCAAUGUGUACAUAUAAUCCAUUAAUGUGUACAUCUAACCCAUCAAUGUGUACAUCAAACCCAUCAAUGUGUACAUCUAACCCAUCAAUGUGUACAUCUAACCCAUCAAUGUGUACAUCUAAUCCAUCAAUGUGUACAUCUAAUUCAUAAAAUGUGUACUGCUGUAACACAUCCACUGCUGUACGCCCAGCUCAUCACACCACAACCAAGUAUUUCUUGUACACACCGUGGUAAUCAUUACAAUAUGUUGUUAAACCAUUUAACUAGACCUUCUCAUAUUCAGACGAGGUGUGAAAUCAAGACACUUCUAAAAUUGGAAUGACCCCCGGUUAAAAGUCAGGAGGCAAUUGAAAAGUAUGAAUGUCAAGGGGCACUUAUCCCCAUUCCCACAGUCAGUUACGUCCUUGUCAACCCAACAGGCUGGUAGGUAAGAAAUUAGUGCAUUAAAUGCAUUCAUGUAAAGAACAUUAGUGACCGACUAAAAAACUGCAGACGGAGAUACAAAUUAAAGAAAAAUAUGUACGUAUGAAAGGUGGGGGGGGGGCGGGGGGAGGAGGGUGAUGGUGAGAAGUCAGCCUGGCCAUAUGAUAGUGGGCAAUAAGCCUGGCCAUAUGAUAGUGGGCAAUAAGUCAAGCCCUAUGAUGGUGGGAAAUAAGUCUAGCCAUAUGAUGGUGGGCAAUAAGUCUAGUCCUAUGAUGGUGGGCAAUAAGCCUAGCCAUAUGAUAGUGGGCAAUAAGCCUGGCCAUAUGAUAGUGGGCAAUAAGUCAAGCCCUAUGAUGGUUGGAAAUAAGUCUAGCCAUAUGAUGGUGGGCAAUAAGUCUAGUCCUAUGAUGGUGGGCAAUAAGCCUAGCCAUAAGAUAGUGGGAAAUAAGCCUGGACAUAUGAUAGUGGGAAUAAGUCUAGUCCUAUGAUGGUGGGCAAUAAGCCUAGCCAUAUGAUAGUGGGCAAUAAGUCUAGUCCUAUGAUGGUGGGCAAUAAGCCUAGCCAUAUGAUAGUGGGAAAUAAGCCUAGCCCUAUGAUAGUGGGCAAUAAGUCUAGUCCUAUGAUGGUGGGAAAUAAGUCUAGCCAUAUGAUGGUGGGCAAUAAGUCUGGCCAUAUGAUGGUGGGAAAUAAGUCUAGCCCUAUGAUGGUGGGCAAUAAGUCUAGCCCUAUGAUGGUGUGCAAUAAGUCUAGUCCUAUGAUGGUGGGCAAUAAGCCUAGCCAUAUGAUAGUGGGCAAUAAGUCUAGCCCUAUGAUGGUGGGCAAUAAGUCUAGCCCUAUGAUGGUGGGCAAUAAGUCUAGUCCUAUGAUGGUGGGCAAUAAGCCUAGCCAUAUGAUAGUGGGCAAUAAGUCUAGUCCUAUGAUGGUGGGCAAUAAGCCUAGCCAUAUGAUAGUGGGAAAUAAGCCUAGCCCUAUGAUAGUGGGCAAUAAGUCUAGUCCUAUGAUGGUGGGAAAUAAGUCUAGCCAUAUGAUGGUGGGCAAUAAGUCUGGCCAUAUGAUGGUGGGAAAUAAGUCUAGCCCUAUGAUGGUGGGCAAUAAGUCUAGCCCUAUGAUGGUGGGCAAUAAGUCUAGUCCUAUGAUGGUGGGCAAUAAGCCUAGCCAUAUGAUGGUGGGCAAUAAGUCUAGCCCUAUGAUAGUGGGCAAUAAGUCUAGUCCUAUGAUGGUGGGCAAUAAGCCUAGCCAUAUGAUAGUGGGAAAUAAGCCUGGACAUAUGAUAGUGGGAAUAAGUCUAGUCCUAUGAUGGUGGGCAAUAAGCCUAGCCAUAUGAUAGUGGGAAAUAAGCCUAGCCCUAUGAUAGUGGGCAAUAAGUCUAGUCCUAUGAUGGUGGGAAAUAAGCUUAGCUAUAUGAUAGUGGGCAAUAAGUCAAGUCCUAUGAUGGUGGGCAAUAAGCCUAGCCAUAUGAUAGUGGGAAAUAAGCCUAGCCCUAUGAUAGUGGGCAAUAAGUCUAGUCCUAUGAUGGUGGGCAAUAAGCCUGGCCAUAUGAUGGUGGGCAAUAAGUCUGGCCAUAUGAUGGUGGGCAAUAAGUCUGGCCAUAUGAUGGUGGGAAACAAGUCUAGCCCUAUGAUGGUCGGCAAUAAGUCUAGCCAUAUGAUGGUGGGCAAUAAGUCUAGCCCUAUGAUGGUGCAAUAAGUCUAGCCAUAUGAUGGAGUGAAAAAGCCUAGCCAUUUGAUGGUGGGCAAUAAGUCUAGCGUUAUCAUGGUGGGCAAAAAGUCUAGCCGUAUGAUGGUUAGAAAUGAGUCUAGCCAAAUGAUAGUGGGAAAUAAGUCUAGCCGUAUGUUGGUGAGAAAUUAGUCUAGCCGUAUGUUGGUGGGAAAAAUGUCUAGCCGUAUGUUGGUGGGAAAAAUGUCUAGCCGUAUGAUGGUGAGAAAUAAGUCUUGCCGUAUGACGGUGAUUGGUGGAUCAAGUGCCCCCCAGGGCCAUGAGGUGCAGUCAUGCACCCAGGCUAGGAAUCCAAACAAACUGGCCUUAGAUGUAAACAAACGGAGAGUGGGAGGGGAGAGUGAGUGGAGUGGAGGCGGGCAUGUGAGCGUGGGCGUGUGAGCGAGUGACUAGUUGUGGAUGUGCGGCUUAUGAUUUGUGUGAAGGUGUUCUUUUUUAAGAGGUAAGUAACCGGUAGAUAAGUCUUGCUGAGCAAUUAGUUUAUUACUCGCAUCACAUUUGUUUAGACGGUGUGCACGGGUUAAGACAACUCUUACACAGGAACUGACAGGACAUUACACAAGUGUUUUAAAUAAACUCUUACACAGGAACUUACAGGACAUGACACCAGUAUUUUAAAUAAACUCUUACACAGGACAUGACACAAGUGUUUUAAAUAAACUCUUACACAGGAACUUACAGGACAUGACACCAGUAUUUUAAAUAAACUCUUACACAGGACAUGACACAAGUGUUUUAAAUAAACUCUUACACAGGAAUUUACAGGACAUUACACAAGUGUUUUAUAUAAACUCUUACACAGGAACUUACAGGUAAUGGCACCAGUGUUUUAAAUAAACUCUUACACAGGAACUUACAGGGCAAGAUCCUAGUGUUUUAAUUAAACUCUUACAUAGGAACUUACAGGACAUUACAAACGUGUUUCUCUUCACAGUUAGGCUGAAAUAAGGUAUUAUUUUGAUUUACUAGUGAAAUAAUUUAACAAUUACAAUAGAGAUAAUGUUAACAAUAGACAUGAUGUCUCAGUAAGGCGUCAUAAUUUCUCAGUAACCAUUGAGAUACUGCAAUAAAGUGUCAUAAUUUCUCUGUGACAAAUGCGAUAGUUUGAUCAAGAGUCAUAAAUUAUCUAUCAGUAAGAGCCAAAAGUCUGUGUGAUGGUAUCGUAUACAUAAAUUACUGCCCAAUGAUAUGUGCUGGUAUCGAUAUAUCAAUUAGCGUCCAAUUAUGUGUGAUGAUACCCUAUACAUCAAUUAGCACCCAAUGAUGUGUGAUGGUACCCUAUACACGAAUUAGCACCAAAUGAUGUGUGCUGGUAUCAUAUAUAUCAAUUAGCACCCAAUGAUGGGUGAUGGUAUCGAUAUCAAUUAGCGCCCAAUGAUGGGUGAUGGUAUCGUAUAUAUCAAUUAGCACCGAAUGAUGUGUGCUUGUAUCCUAUAUAUCAAUUAGCCCCCAAUGAUGUGUGAUGGUAUCGAUAUAUCAAUUAGCGCCCAAUGAUGGGUGAUGGUAUCGUAUAUAUUAAUUAGCCCCGAAUGAUGUAUGCUGGUAUCACACAUAGCAAUUAUUGUCCAAUGAUGUGUGCUGGUAUCUCCGCUUUCAUUGUGUGUUGCACAUUCAAGUCAUAACGGUGUCCAGUGUCACAAUAAUCCAUCUCUGUAGAUUCCAGGUAGUACCAGCAUUGACGAUGUCCAGUGCCACAGUAAUCCAUCUCUGUACAUUUCAGGUCAUACCAGCAUUUACGAUGUCCAGUGCCACAGUAAUCCACCUCUAUACAUUUCAGAUACCAGGAUGGCCGGACUAAUGCCCACACUUGUGGUCUACCUAACAACACUCGCUGUUCUGGUCCCCGCACAAACCACCUGCCCCCCGCGGUGCCGCUCCUGCACUAACAAUGAAGUUAAGUGCAACAAUAGAAGUCUGACAGCGCCGCCCCGGGUAAGUCCAGAAAGUUUUUUUUUUUUGUAGAUUUAACUUCUAAACAUCCAAUUUCUCAGUGCAGCUAUCAUCAAAAGAUCUUAUUUCUCGGUGUCUUAGUGCAGAUACCAUCAAAAGAUCUUAUUUCUCUGUGUCUUAGUGCAGAUACCAACAAAAAAUCUUAUUUCUCGGUGUCUUAGUGCAGAUACCAACCAAAGAUCUUAUUUCUCGGUGUCUUAGUGCAGAUACCAACAAAAGAUCUUAUUUCUCGGUGUCUUGGUGAAGAUACCAACAAAAGAUCUUAUUUCUCGGUGCAUUAGUGCAGAUACCAACACAAGAUCUUAUUUCUCGGUGUCUUAGUGCAGAUACCAACAAAAGAUCUUAUUUCUCGGUGUCUUAGUGCAGAUACCAACAAAAGAUCUUAUUUAUCGGUGUCUUAGUGCAGAUACCAACAAAAGAUCUUAUUUCUCUAUGUCUUAGUGCAGAUGCCAUCAAAAGAUCUUAUUUCUCGGUGUCUUAGUGCAGAUACCAACAAAAGAUCUUAUUUCUCUAUGUCUUAGUGCAGAUGCCAUCAAAAGAUCUUAUUUCUCGGUGUCUUAGUGCAGAUACCAACAAAAGAUCUUAUUUAUCGGUGUCUUAGUGCAGAUAAAAUCAAAAGAUCUUAGUGCAGAUACCAACAAAAGAUCUUAUUUCUCUAUGUCUUAGUGCAGAUGCCAUCAAAAGAUCUUAUUUCUCGGUGUCUUAGUGCAGAUACCAACAAAAGAUCUUAUUUAUCGGUGUCUUAGUGCAGAUAAAAUCAAAAGAUCUUAUUUCUUGGUGACUUAGUGGAGAUAACAUCUAGAGACGUAUUCCUCGGCGACUUUGCACAAAGAUAACUUCUAGAGAAAUCCCUCUGUGAUUUAGUGCUACAACGGUCUCCAACUCAAAUAGUUUAACAUUUUAAAGUAGGAGAGAUGAACACGCGGUCCUCGGAUCUGCAUUUAGUCAUCGUACUGUUAUUUAAAGGAUAAAAUGUCCCUGGAGAAGGCUUUCAUUUAUGUAUAACAUUCAUGACCACAAUGAUAUGGACAAUUCUACAGCACAUUAAAACAAGACAAACACUUGCACUCAAGAAAAGAAUGUAUAACAUUGUCAUGUGAUAUCUCAGAUACUCUAUUUGCAACUCGAAUAGGGCUUGAGAGCAGCCAAAUCCGGCCUGAGAGCCACAUAAUGGGGCAUGAGAGCCACCGAAUGGGGUCUGAGAGCCACCGAAUGUGGCCUCAGCCACCAAAUGGGGCCUGAGCCAACGAAGGGGACUUGAGCCAACAAAUGAGGCCCAAGAGCUGCCGAAUGGGGCCUGAAAGCCACCGAAUGGGGCCUGAGGGCCUCCGAAUUGGGUCUGGGGGCCGCCGAUUGGGGUCAACAAAUGAGGCCCGAGAGCCACGAACAUGAAGAUACAAUUUUCUAUAGCAAAUUCUCCAAUCCAUGCAUCAAGAUUUUUCUACUAACUACAACCGCCUGAUCCAUGUUUCUUUCUCCCAAAGUCUUACCCCACUGGCACAACCACGAUCAACCUGGCAGACAACCACAUCCGCGUGCUGGGGGCCAGGGCGUUCACCAGGGCUGACACCGUGGAGGUUCUCAAACUGAGCGGGAACAAGUUGGCCGGCCUGAGAAAUGACGCAUUCAGGUGAGCCGCCGGGGCUAGAGUUCUAUACGAGGUACACCAUCUCGUCCUUGUUGUUGAGUGGUUCCUAUACACAUGACAGCAGUCAUCAAUGGUUAUCAGAGUAAGUUUUUAAAUGGUUCCUCUACACAUGACAGCAGUCAUCAAUGAAUGUAUUGGAGAAUGUCCAGACAUAGAUUCUCCUAAAAGUCUACAAAUAUAGUGCAGUAUCCAGACUUAAAAAUCGACUUCAUACCUACAAAUAAAGUGCAAUGUCCAGACAUUGAUUCUCCUAAAAGUCUACAAAUAUAGUGUAGUGUCCAGACUUAAAAUCUACUUCAUACCUACAAAUAAGGUGCAAUGUCCAGACAUUGAUUCUCCUAAAAGUCUACAAAUAUAAUGAAAUCUCCAGAUAUAGAUUUUCCUAAUAGCCUACAAAUAUAAUGAAAUCUCCAGACAUAGAUUUUCCUUAUGAAAUGUCUUAUACGUCUUACUAGGAUAUGCGUUAUUUCAUCAAGUGCCUGUAACAAUCACAAGUGACGGUAACAAUCAAUUUUGGCAGUAACAAUCACAUGUGGCAGUAACAAUCACAAGUGACAGUAACAAUCAAUUUUGGCAGUAAAAAUCAAUUUUGGCAGUAACAAUCACAAGUGGCGGUAACAAUCACAACUAGCAGUAACAAUCACAUGUGCCGGUCACAAUCACAUGUGGCGGUAACAAUCACAUGUGGCGGUAACAAACACAUAUGCCGGUAACAAUGACAUGUGGCGGUAACAAUCCCAUGUGCCGGUAACAAUCCCAUGUGCCGGUAACAAUCCCAUGUGCCGGUAAAAAAUCACAUGUGCCCGUAACAAUCACAUGUGCCGGUAACAAUCACUUCGUAAAAACAUAUCUUCUUUUUUUUUAAAAUCCUUUACACAAACUUCGCUCUUAUUCGUGUGCUUCUUUCUGGCUGGGGGGUGUGGACAAAUCUGCGGACCGACUUCACGGUAAACAUAUCGACCUGAAACUUGGCACAUGGACUCGUUGCCGAUGACAACACAUUCUAUCAAAUUUUCCGUUGUUCAAGUUUUUCAAGGGGAAGAUGAAUGAAAUAUGAUGCCACUGAUUUCGCGAAAGAAAAACAAAAUAUCUCAAGUGCAUUUGGUGCGCAAUAUUGUCUUUUGUUUGUUUUUUAUGAAAUGGUUGGUGAAAUGAAUCUCCGGUGUCAAAGCGAGUUGAUCAUUAGAAUAUUAAAAUAUUUUUUUAUGAAAUGGUUGGUGAAAUGAAUCUCCGGUGUCAAAGCGAGUUGAUCAUUAGAAUAUUAAUAGACAAGAAUAAAACUUGAAAGAAAAAAAGUAGUUCUACCAAAAAGCUUGUUUUAGGGGUUGUUUAAUCGACUUGGAAAUGCCAUUUGGUAUCACCACAGUCGUCCGACAGGUCGGUCGAUCCCAUUAUCUGGCCACUUUGAUAUGUUACACACUCAAUCAUGAUAACUACUUCUUGUUCUUGUUACUGUUGUUACAAUCCUAUCUUCAUCAUGUCAAAACUGCACUAAUCCCAAUGGAGCCUGUACACAUUUGACGUACAACUUUAUGACACGGUAAUGACAUAUGACACAUCUACUCUCAAAACACACAAUUUAAAUAAGUAACAAAGUUUCUGUUAAAUAUUUUAAACUAGCCAAAAUGAAGCCAUUUCAAUAUAUAUAUUUUAUUCAAGACCUCUGUGAAAUAAAUUUUAGUCAGGACCUCUGUGAAAUACAUUUUAGACAGGACCUCUGUGAAAUACAUUUUAGACAGGACCUCUGUGAAAUACAUUUUAGACAGGACCUCUGUGAAAUACAUUUUAGACAGGCUUCGAAUAUUUCUAAAGAAAAUGGAAAGUGUCCUUAUGAACGCCCUUAUAUCUGCACUCAAAUUCCCAGUAAUCGUCCCUAUAACUGUCCCCAUAAAUUUCGCUAUAAUUGUCCCUAUGAAUGUCUCUUGAACUGUCUCUAUUACUGUCAUUUUCAGUUACUUCCCCAAUCUGAUGUCCCUCGACCUCAGUGACAAUCGCAUCAGCGGCAUGCACCGCAAGGCGCUGCGCAACAUGAAGCAGCUGCGCACCUUGUCCAUCAGCAAAAACAAGCUGUCCACCCUCGACUUCCUGGAGGAGACGCCCAACCUCUUCCAGCUCGAUCUGGGCUACAAUAAGAUUAGAACCAUCGGAGAGAACGACCUCGCGGCCUUGACCAGGAUACAUAACCUUGACCUACGCGGCAACACUAUCGUCACCAUACACGCCCGAGCGUUUAAGAGUCUCAGAUAUUUAAGGUGUUUUGUGUGUGAAUGCCUGAUUGUUGUGGCUUCUCUUAAGACUGAGUUCCUUUAGACAUGGACUGUAGAAGUGGCUUGGAGUUAAGGAACAGUGGUUCUCAAACUAAGGUCCAUAGAGACAGAGUGUGAAUGCCUGAUUGUUGUGGCUUCUCUCGGGACUGAGUUCCUUUAGACAUGGACUGUAGAAGUAGCUUGGAGUUAGGAACAGUGGCUCCCAAACUAAGGUCCAUAGAGACAGAGUGUGAAUGCCUGAUAUUUGUGGCUUCUCUCGGGACUGAGUUCCUUUAGACGACUGUAGAAGUGGCUUGGUGUUAAGGAACAGCGGUUCCCAAACUAAUGGUCCAUAGAGACAGAGUGUGAAUGCCUGAUUGUUGUGGCUUCUCUCGGGACGUAGUUCCUUUAGACAUGGACUGUAGAAGUGGUUUGGAGUUAAGGAACAGUGGUUCCCAAACUAAGGUCCAAAGAGACAGAGUGUGAAUGCCUGAUUGUUGUGGCUUCUCUUAAGACUGAGUUCCUUUAGACAUGGAAUGUAGAAGUGGCUUGGAGUUAAGGAACAGUGGAUCCCAAACUAAGGUCCAUAGAGACAGAGUGUGAAUGCCUGGUCCUUGUGGCUUGUAUUUUCUGAUUGGUUAUCAAACUAGGAUAAAUGGAAUUAGAAUUUGAAUGUCAGAUUGAUGUGUCGUGUGGUCUGGGACAGUGGUUCUCCAACUUAUGUCAAUGGAGACAAGUUUGAACGUCUGGUUGCUGAGCCUUGGAGUUUUGGACAGUGGUUCUCAAAUGAGGCACAUAGAUAUAGGGUAUGAAUGUCUGGUAGUUGUGGCUCGGAGAUUGUGUCAGUGGUUCUCAAACCAAUGACAAGGACAUAGAGUGUGAAAAUAGGGUACCCAUGACUUGGAGUUUGGGACAGUUGUUAAACUGAAGUCCACAGUCAUCCACACACAAAAGACAAUAAAAUGACAAUAAUUGGGAUCCUCGCAUGAAUGAGGAUGAAGAGCAACUUAUUUAGGAUGGAGGAAGAAGUUGAAAAACUGCUAUAGUUCGACACUGGACGCAAUCAUGUUGAAGAUUGUUAAAUAUUCAAAACAAAUAUAUGCAGAAUAUUGCGUUAAUAAAAGACACAGCAUUUACCACACAGAUCCAUCUCUCUACAACAAUCCUAUGUCAACUAUGCCACCAUUUACCACACAGAUCUCUCUCUCUGAACAACAAUCCCAUGUCAACUAUGCCACCAUUUACCACACAGAUCCCUCUCUCUGAACAACAAUCCCAUGUCAACUAUGCCACCAUUUACCACACAGAUCCCUCUCUCUGAACAACAAUCCCAUGUCAACUAUGCCACCAUUUACCACACAGAUCCCUCUCUCUGAACAACAAUCCCAUGUCAACUAUGCCACCAUUUACCACACAGAUCCCUCUCUCUGAACAACAAUCCCAUGUCAACUAUGCCAAUAUUUACCACACAGAUCCCUCUCUCUGAACAACAAUCCCAUGUCAACUAUGCCACCAUUUACCACACAGAUCCCUCUCUCUGAACAACAAUCCCAUGUCAACUAUGCCACCAUUUACCACACAGAUCCCUCUCUCUGAACAACAAUCCCAUGUCAACUAUGCCUCGUCUAGAGUUUACCACAGAGUUCCUACAACUGGUGGACUUGUCCAGCUGCAAUCUGAGCGCUGUACCUGGACCUUUCCCUGCAUCAGUCAGUGACUUAAGACUUGGUCAGAAUGCAAUACAACAGGUACAUAGGGCAUAAGGUAUAAAAGUCAUUCAGGUAUGAUAGACAAUCAGGUAUGAAAAGUAGUCAGGUAUGAAUGAGAAAAUCGAGAUGUUGGUUUACAAAUAGGGAAUACUUUAAAUAUUUAAAAAUGGAAAACUGCACACACACACACAAAGAUAUGAAAACCAGGUGGACUAUAUAAAGACAUAAAUAUUUAUCAUUAUAAAUAUAUAGAUUUUGACCAUUAAAAGAAAACAAUCAAAAGUAUUUAAAAGCAUAGCAUAUCAUUGGACAUCUUCUGGCAUAUUUAAAAGCAUAGCAUAUCAUUGGACAUCCUCUGGCAUAUUUAAAAGCAUAGCAUAUCAUUGGACAUCUUCUGGCAUAUUUAAAAGCAUAGCAUAUCAUUGGACAUCCUCUGGCAUAUUUAAAAGCAUAGCAUAUCAUUAGACAUCCUUUGGCAUAUUUAAUAGCAUAGCAUAUCAUUGGACAUCCUCUGGCAUAUUUAAAAGCAUAGCAUAUCAUUGGACAUCCUCUGGCAUAUUUAAAAGCAUAUUAUUGGACAUUCUCUGGCAUAUUUAAAAGCAUAGCAUAUCAUUGGACAUCCUCUGGCAUAUUUAAAAGCAUAGCAUAUCAUUAGACAUCCUCUGGCAUAUUGUGUUUAACAGGAAUGUCCCCAUUUGUCUAGGUGCUCCACACUGACCUCCUCAACAUCACAGACCUGGAGCUGUUAACCUUGAAUGACAACCAGAUUAGAUUUUUUGCGGAUGGAGCCUUGUCUCACCUGACCAUGCUCACAGAGGUAAGUCAUGACAUGGAUGUCAUACACCAUUAGCUAACAGAGGUAAGUCAUGAAAUGGGCAUAAACUGUUAGCUAGCAGAGGUAAGUCAUGACUUGGUCAUACACCAUCGUUUAAAAGAUGUAAGUCAUGACUUGGUCAUACACCAUCGUUGAAAAGAUGUAAGUCAUGACACGGUCAUACCAGGGCAACAUCCCAGUGAUUAGCAGUCUCUCAGAGCAUCUGAAGGCCUCUGAACUUUUCUCUCCAAUGAGUUUUUAAGGUUUUCUGACAUGUUUGUUAGGGUCCAUGUUUCACUUGCGUAUGCUACAACUGGCCUGAUUACAGUUUUUUAAAUAGUUUUCUUGUAAUGUUUUUACUUGUGAGUAUUUUCUGACUACUGGAGUAUGCCUUGCUUACGGCUGGUAUUCUUUCUUUUAUAUGUUAUUAAUUCAUUUCUUUCAUUUAAUAAAGAUCCUAGGUAUUUGAAUUCAUUUACUUUUUCAAAAGUCUGGUUUCUAAUUUUAAUGGUUUCUUCUGUCCGUGCCUCUCUUAUCAAGCUCUGUUCCCCUCUUAUCAAGCUCUGUUCCCCUCUUAUCAAGCUCUGUUCCCCUCUUAUCAAGCUCUGUUCCCCUCUUAUCAAGCUCUGUUCCCCUCUUAUCAAGCUCUGUUCCCCUCUUAUCAAGCUCUGUUCCACUCUUAUCAAGCUCUGUUCCCCUCUUAUCAAGCUCUGUUUCCCUCUAACAAGCCUACAAACGUCCAGCUGGGCUCCUGAAACCCCAUGAAACAACAGGGAAUAACAUUUUUAAUGUACACUUUCCAGGUGUGGCUUAGGUCUAACAAUUUGGUGUACAUCCCGCGUGAUCUGCCCAACAGCUUGACCAAGAUACACAUGGACUCCAACAAAAUUGCAGAAAUUGAGAGUGGAAUUUUCAGCAACCAGUCCCGCCUCGUCUACUUGACGGUGGAGAACAACAUAAUCACAAGGAUCCAGCCCGACACUUUCAAGGGACUGCGCUUCCUAGACACACUCAAUUUCCAGGGAAACAACAUUCAUACUCUGGAGGCUGGUACAUUCUCAGAUCUCGGCAGUCUCAGUACCAUCUUUCUGUCCAACAAUCUUUUGAGGAGGAUAGAGAUCGGCGCCUUCCACAAUCUCGGGAAUCUGAGCAGGCUCUUCCUUUCAUACCAACCCACUGAGGAGUUUGAGCUCAUGGGAAGCUUCCUGCCUGAGAUGCUGAGGCUGCAGGAGCUGCACAUGAUGGGCAGUCAUGGCCUCGUGGACGCCUUCAUGGCCAUAAUCAAUGACCCAGAGAUAGCCCUGGUCCCCAUGUCCAGCCUAACCCUGCUGGACGUCAGCUACAACAACCUGCAGUGGAUAACUCCGAGAGUCAGGGUCAUCUUCCCCAACCUUGCCUCAUUCAUUCUGAAUGGGAACCCUUUGAGGUGUUCGAGGAAUUUAAAGUGGUUGAGGGAUUGGAUGGUGUCUAGUGAUGUUAAAUUCCAUGACAACGAGGAGGUCACUUGCGAGAGCCCAUUGAGACUUCGCGGUAGAACUGUGAGAAGCAUUCAAGAUGCAGAAUGGGCAGAAAUCGGUGAGGUUGACAUUGGGGAAAGCAUUAGUGCUCCACAGAACGACCCUUCGGAGGCAGCACCACAAGUUCAACCACAGCCCCAGAGGGGAACAGAAGGUAAAAAGUCAAAAGAAGAGAAAGUGAAAAAGGAGAAGAGUGAAAGAGGAAAGAAGAAAGACAAAACUAACAACAAACGAAAUGGAAAGAAAGAAAAGCCGGGAAAAGAUGGGCAAAGUGCAGAGGAACAAAAAAAAAGAAAAAACAAAGAUAAUGGAGAGAAAGAAAAAGAGAGAAAGAAUAAAAAGGCCAAGUCGGGCAAGAAAGAUAGUCCCAAAGACAAAAGUAUCAACUGAUCACCGGGCAUUGAGAUGACAUCAAUAAAUUUAGAUGCCGGCACUUAAUCAUCUUUUUCUCAAAAAUCAAAUAAAAAUGAGAUUUUAGGCUGGGAAACAUUCAAUAAUAAAUGUAAAGCACAAACGACAAGUCACUGUCAAAUCUGAAAAAAUGAAGAAACUUUACUAUUUGUUAUAGAAUUGAAAACUUAAAAUGAUAUGAAAUAAAUAUUGGAAACAUGAUGAAGUUAGAAGGUUAUUGUAUAGUGACACAAGGACUAACCGAGGAUGCACACAGCACCAGUUUGUUAUUGCAGCAUAUCUUUAAUGAUUUAUCAACAAACAUUAUUGCUAGUAUCCAAGAAAAGAUACAACAGUUCAUGUUACAUUCAAUUUUAUAAUAGUUUUGUUGACUUGUACAGAAAAUUCAACAACCGAUAAAAAUAAAAGUUUUUUAUAUAAUCCUUUACAUGCAUUUUUAAAAUUAUUUUAUAUUAUUUAUUCUAAUGCCCCGCCCAUUCUUACACCGCAGAUUUAUUUGACCAACCAUUUCAGAAAAAAAAUAUAUAUUAUGCAUUUAACGCACUUGCAACAUGUUUAUGAAUCCAAUUGAGCUC